AUGACGUCGGACGUACUAGCGCUAGAAGAUUGUUACACUAUCGUUAAAAAUUACAUAAAUAGUGAAAAUUUUCGAGUGAUAAGUUUCAAAACGUCGAAUUAUUUUGACGAAGUAAACGGCUUCUUGGGUGAACAUGUGUUACUAGAAACGGAAGUGGAUAUCGACGGCGAGAAAAUCAAUCAUCGAUUCUUCUUGAAGCGCUUUCCUUACGGACACCAACAACAAGGAGAAUAUUUAAAAUCCAUGGACGGUUGGGCUAGGGAAAUAUAUUUCUACGAGACGCUUUUGCCAAAUCUCAAAGGAACCCUACCUGGAUAUACUAUAGAUUUCGUGCCUCAAUAUCUCUUGGGUAAGCUGGACGAUAUAAUGGUUUUUGAAGACCUCUCAUUGAAAAACUACCAUAUGCCAAGAAAACCAAGUUUGAAUCUAUUAGACGAAGAUCACAUCUGCUUGAUAUUGAAAACUCUAGCGAAAUACCAUGCCGGAUGCCUAGCUUUCGAGGAAUACAAGUCUGCAGAGUUAGGCUACGAGUACAGACUAUUUUCUGGCGACGAGAAGUUAAUACAAGAACCGUUAGUAAGACGUGAGGAUGGAUUUUUGGGUUACGCCUGGGUCAAAGGUGGAGUAAAAGCUUUAGAUGCAUUACUGGCGAAAGUAGCACCGUCGGGGCUUUCGGUGGACGCGCUUAGACAAAAAUUUCGGAUUCUAGUAGACAAAGCUCUAAAUUUGAUGAAACACCAAACGAAGUUUCGUAACGUGGUGUGCAAAGGAGACAUGUGGGCCAAAAACGUGAUGUAUAAAUACAUAGGUGAUUCCACUCAACCGAUAGAAGCUCUAUUAGUAGACUUUCAACUGAUAAGAUAUCACGUACCUGCGCACGAUGUGCUACUAUUUCUUUCCUUGACCACUGACAGUGCAUUCAGGCAACGUAAAUUUUCGUUCUUCAUGAAAUAUUACCACAAUCAUCUCAAGGAAGAAUUGGAAAAACUCCAAAUAGCGGCGGACGACAUUCAAAUGUCUUUUGACGAUUAUUUGAAAUCGGUGAGCUACAUAAUGCCCGAGAUUAAGUUACAAGGUGCGCUUCAAAGACUACAGCAAUGCGGAAGCAAAGAGUUUUUUAUUAAAUUGUUAAACGACAAAGAAGAGUUUAUAAAAUUCGUGUUUGUGGAUAAAACGCCGUUCGCUCUGGAAUUGUUCGACAGUGAUUCGAACUUCAGAGCGCUUCUGACAGAAGCCGUGGAAGAGCUUAUCGAAACUUCACAAUUUCCUGCGGUAUUUAGGGAAGACUGUUAUCGGAUUUUGGAGGAUGAAUUGGGUACAACCACUUACGAAUUGGUCGGGUAUAAAGUGACGAAAUACGGCAAGAAUGAAGGUUCGUUGCACGUUCUAGACAUUGAAGUACUGUUCAAUCGUCAAAGCAGAAAGUUGUCGUUUUUGGUUAAAAGUGAAGAGUUUGAUUUUGCUAGGGUCGUAAAAAAAAUAAAAUAAGACAGAAUGUUUAGUGUAGACUCGUCGCAACUUGCGAGUCAAUUUUUCAAACAACCUAAAUUUUUUAUUUAUUUUAUGUGGGAGGGUUCUGUUUUUUUUGUAGAGUAAAAAUAAAGUUUGAAUCCCAUAAAAUUACAGCUACUUAUUCUUAUACCCGUUCGAUGUCACGCGUUAUAUAGUGAAUCCCAUAUUGCUCUACCCGGCCUAAGUGAUAAUAUAAAUUCAACUGAGGGGUACGUGUUCAUGUAAAAACAGUUAUUACAUAAAGUCCUGCGACGAAGAAUAAUGGGUCUGGCAGAUUCCAUUUUUAAAAUCUCCUUCCAGAAUAAAUUUUACGCAGCGUAGUGUCAGCAGGAGAAUGAGACGACAGCGAAUCGAAACUGCUUUUAGAAAAAUGAAAUAUGCUAUUUGUCUCAUUUUGUGGAAGCGAUCCGAUUUAUUUGGAAUAGUAAAUAAAAAUAUA